AUGGCUCCCCCGGUCCCGCCGAAAGAACCUUUCUCAUCCCCGUCCCUCGGAAUUCGUCUGGCCGACGCACUGCAGAAAACCACCGUUGCGCCGGGUGACACUCUUACUGGAUGCGUCUACCGCAGCGAGCCCGCCGUCGGCACCCACUCGAGACUGACACUCUCCCUGAUCGGCCGGUUGUGGAACGAGACCGAGCGCGAAGUACCAGACCAUACGAGCCCGUACAGGGAAACCCGUACCGUGACUGUCCGCUCCGAAUUGGAACUCUUCUGGAAAUCACAGUCCCUCUACCAAGGCCCUCUUCACAUUGCGCCUGGCAGCAACGAACAGACCUGGCCCUUCUCCGUCACGUUUCCAGAAGAGCCGGAGAGGCGCUUCGCUCCUCGCGGUUCGGGCAUGGGAUUUACACCUCCCAAGGCGUACAUCCACAACAAGCAGUCGUUCCCGCCGAGCUUCAACCAUGACGACCUGAUAAGUAAGAGAAGUCGACUCGGCAUGCUCCUCUCGGAGCCGGUCAGCGUAGUGGAAUACUACCUUGAAGCGAAGCUGAUGAUACAAGCCCAUGGCAAACUUGUCGAUGUCGAGUCGCUCCUGGUCCUCCCCGUGGCCCCUUUCUGGCAUGAGCCAAUGCUCUCAAGGUAUCGACUCAAGUCUACCGAGUUUGAACGCUCCGUCGCAUCGAAACGUCUCCUCCCGGGCAUGCGCGACGCUCGUCCAUCGUUAUCCGACAGGGCCCGCAGACUGUUCCGGUCGUCCAAGGAUCCGAGCUUCGCGAUGAAGAUCGAGGUCCAGACGCCAAAGGUGGUCCAGCUGGAGAAUCCCAAUCCUAUCCCCUUCGUAGCGCAUCUGACCGCACUCCCAGGCAAGGGAGCCCAGGCGCUUCGCGACGUGUCGCAGACCGUGGAGCUCACUAGGCUCGGCAUCGAGAUUGUGUGCAUUACCAAAGUUCGCCCCGAAGACAGGUUGAAAGACGACACCAUGCAAGAGUCACGAUCGGCCGUAUUUCCCCUCCAAGCUGGCCAUAUGCUUGCCGUGUUGGGGCCGGCGAGAACCAUGGUGCUGUCCCCCGGGGGACGAGGUGUCAAACUCGACAUCGGCACCCUCUGCAGACUGAAGAUGGGGCAUUUUCUCUGGAAACAGAAAGUAUCCGACGAGGCGACGACGCCGUCUUAUUGCAAGAUUCAGCCGAGCUUCACAACCUACUACAUUCAACAUUCCCACGUCAUACGUUGGGAGUUGGGCUUCGAUAUUGUCGGGGAAGAGGCCAAGGUCUAUGGCGCGGACGAAAUCGUAGUGUUGCCGCCUUCCGACUACCGAGUGCCUCCAAAGGAGCCAACGGCUGUUGAAGCUGCGCCUCCCUUUGAGGAUGGGUGCGCGUCAGAUCGCAAGCUGGAUCGGCCAAAGGCGCCUCUGGAUUCAUCUGAGGAAUGA